AUGACUACAAUAAGACUCUUUGGCAAUGACAUCAAAGUCAUAAGGUUAUUCGGAAUACAGAUUUCGCCAUUGAAGAAUAAUAACAUGCAGCUGCAGCGUGUCGAUAGAUUUAUGAAUAUGCCAGAUUCCCCUCCACCAAGUUUGCGUUUGGCUAUUCAGUCUGUCCAAGGGAGUAGAUCGCUUUACAUGGGCUGGAAAUACUUGGAGAACUCCGAUAUCAACAUUAACUUGAGCCGCUUCCUUAUUCCAGCUGAGUGGUGCGCGAAAUUACUCAAUCACAUGACUGAGUCGGAGAGCCAAAAGAUACAAAGUGAAGAUGAUAGAGGUAUUAACGUGAGUGUAAUGGAUCCAAGGGGUGAUUCACACGACAUGAAGUUUACUGAAUGGAAGAGCUUGAAGAGACUUGUGUUUAACAGAGGAUGGAACAAACUUGUGGAAAAUAACCAAUUACAAAAAGGAAAUUUACUUCACCUCUGGCACUUCAGAAAGCCUGAUAAUAGACCUUGUUUUGCUGUAAAUAUCAUUAGGAGCUAG